AUGACAGACUUUGGGAUGCAGGAUAUUUUCUCCAAUAGCCCAGCGCCUACGGCUUCAAUCGAUGCCUGUCUGUCAGAUGGCUUCCAUCUGGACAACGGUGUCAGGAUUUCGGAUGGAGAUGGGUUGAUUCUUGUACAGGGUGAAGCUUUCGCUUGGCGGCCGUGGGAAGUCUCAGAUCGAGGGGCCGGCGGUAAAGAUGGUAGAAAGAGAAGGAGUAUGGUGAAUCUCAAAGGGCAAUGGGAUACGGAGCAAGGUUCAGAGCGUACCUCGGAUCAGGGGGUAGGAGGAGGCAGCAGCGCAUGGGGUCUCCUUGAGACUGUGUGGCCGAAACCAGAAAUGUUGAUUCUCGGACUGGGGAAACGGAUGCGGCCGCUUUCGCCGGCGACGAGGAAGAAAAUACAUGAGCUGGGUAUACGGGUCGAUGUGCAGGAUACGAGAAAUGCGGCAGCACAGUUCAAUUUACUUGCUACGGAACGGGGAGUUGGAAAUGUGGCCUGUGCUCUGGUGCCUCUUGGACGGCGAGAUUAG